AUGGGAAAAUCGAAAAUCGCCUUAUGGCGCGAAAUGGAACAAUUUAAGCGACAAAUGCUUUUGAAUCCCGGUUACGAACUUACAGAGAGUGAAAUCGCUUCAUUUCAACCCUCUCCUCCCCCAAGACGCCAACCACGUCAAAAAGCUCAGGCACCGAGUUACGACCCCAUGUCUGAAUACCCAGCAGACGAUGACAACAAUACGACCGUCGUCUUGCAUAAUUGCACCAUGGACCCUACACCGGCUCCAGCACCUCGCAAGCGUCGACGAAUCCGUAUCCGUUCGUCUGUACCUAUCGUUAAGGCUGUACCUGCGAAAGUCAGUCCUGCUGAAGCCAAGAAGGAAAGGGCCAUCAGGUACCAGAGAAAACUGGAGGUUUUAGCCAACAAGUGGGGCAAAGUGCUUAACAACAUGUGCGUUAACUACCUUGUUUUUGUUGGUCAGCAAGGUGGCUUGCCAUCCACCGAGAUUGUUUCUCCAGUUGCAAUCGAUUGCCAAUGUGGUAGUGAAAAAGUACUUCUGACAAAGACUGUCAUGAACUCAUUUCAUCAUGUCCUAGAUCAUGCCUUGAUUUUAAACCCUUGUGAAACCUUGUCCUAA